AUGAAUUCCAGUCAAAGGAUAGUGUUCUUCAUCGAGUGGGAUGCGACUUUCGUUGAAUUUAUCAGGGGCAUCUCUUUGUCGCCAACACUAAGAGGCAAUAUUGUUGUGCAUAUAUUUUACCGCCACGAUAUCCCAGCGAAGGUACUGCCAAGAUAUAAGCCGUGGUUAUUCAAGCAUCCCGCCUCAUCAGAAAACAUCGGUGCUGCCUGGAGAUUACUAGAAGCGUAUGUGACGAGGUAUAAAUUUGACGCUGAUUAUUCCCUGACAGCCGAUCUGGAUAAAAAGAGGCCAAAAACAAGCGAAAGUUUUUACAGUCGAUUAGGGUCUACAAAAUCUACAUCGGAGAGGAGUCGAAGUGGAAUAAGUACAGUUCCCUCUCGCUCUUUUUUAUACUUCGUAAUGUCAAAAUCAUCGGAAAACUGCAAGCAGCUAUCGGAUGCAAUUUUUAAAAAGUUUCGUGUGCAGCUCGAAAUUGUGGAUUUUCAAGUUGCACCGACUUUGCUUGAUUUUGUACAAUAUAAAUGUCUACUCUGUCGCAUUAUUUUUGCGGGGAAAAGAGAACUCAUUAGUCAUGAUAAGGAAAUACAUGGAUUGAUUUGCCCAAACGUGGAAUGCAUAUAUCACCACAAAGAAAACUCUUUUCGACAGGAACGAGACUUACAACAGCACAUUAAAAAUCAACUGCGAUGCGCAUUUUGCCCAACCAAAGUGUUUUGUUCUCCGGAGAUGCUGGAAGUUCAUAGGCGAAACUCUCAUAAGAAGUGCGCUUGCCCGUGCGGUCGUUACUAUGGUGAACGGCUGACGUACUUAGAUCACUUUUUCGCCUCCUAUCCAACACCAACCGCUUUAUCUGCAAGU